AUGUAUUAUGACAAGAAUAGUAUAAAAGAUGAAAUGAUCCAACAACAUAACGUACGAAAACCAUUAUUUGUCCUCCGUAAAACCAUGCCUAAUACUGUAAGGUCACCCAUGCAGUCUUCGUACGAAAAGGGUCAAUUUGGUAAAAAUAUUAAUAAUCAGUCAAUGGAGAAUAUUAAAGAUGGUGGCAUGACUAGUGGUAUAACAAUACAGUUGAUAUGGCCGAAAGAUUCACUGCUGCUGCCACCACAACCAGCCCCGUCUUAUUCUGACAAACUUUCCCACAACAGGAGAUAG